UCGGGCUGGAGAUUUUUGUUGGAUCUGGCAACACAGUUUGCGUUUGAUGUAUUGGAGGUUAAACAGCAGCUGAAACCGGAGGAACUGAGGAUCCGGGCUGAAAGAGGUGCGUUUGUGCCGGAUCAUCACUAUGGAAGAAUCGGGUCAUGUUGGACUCUGAGAUCAGACCAGAACUUACCGCUGCCUCCUGCACCGGACCCUGAGGGGAGGGAUGCCUCUGUUCCCGCUGUAACCGGCCCGGAUCUGGAGCAGGAAGUCCUCGGCUCGUUCCUGUAGGAUGAAAGAUGGACCGGGAUGCGGCCGACGGUCCGGUUACCCUCGUUAUCCGCGCCCCCAACCAGAGGUUCCACGACCAGACCAUCAACUGCUUCCUCAGCUGGACCGUGGAGAAGCUGAAGAGGCACAUCGCUAACGUCUACCCCAGUAAACCGUUGUGUAAAGAGCAGAGGCUGGUGUACUCAGGACGUCUCCUGCAGGACCAUCAGCAGCUUCGGGAUGUUCUGAGAACGCAGGAGGAGUAUCACAUGGUUCAUCUGGUGUGUUCACCACGCUCACCUGCUGAUGGCAGUGACCUCGGCAUCCCCCCCGUGACCUCUGACCCCAGUGCCACGAAUGUUGAGACUGUUGGCCCCUCCCCCUCAGUCACUGUGUCCUAUCAGGAUGUUCCUGGUCCCCCCAUCACAGGAAGUGCAGACGGUCUUCGGCACCGAGGCGGUUCUGCACGGCCUCAGGGAAUGCCGCUCUCGGCUCUGGCAGCGCCCCCUGCUGGACUGGCAGCUAACCCUGUGUACACUCCUAUGCAGAUGCUGUGGUGGCAGCAGAUGUACGCCCGGCAGUACUAUAUGCAAUAUCAAGCUGCCAUGGCCGCUUCCCAGGCGUCGGCCGAGACUCCGCCCCCUCCGCGGAGUCCACGCCCCACCGCGGUUCCGGCCCCGCCCAACGAACCCGCAGCCCCUAUGGGGCCAAACCCCGCCCCAAAUCCCAUACCGGAGGAGCGGCCAGCCAAUCAGAACUUGCAGAUGAACGCUCAGGGCGGGGCUAUUCUGAACGAGGAUGAGCUGAACCGUGAUUGGCUGGACUGGCUGUACACGGUGUCGCGCGCUGCUAUCCUGCUCAGCAUCGUCUACUUCUACUCCUCCUUCAGCCGAUUCGUCAUGGUGAUCGGCGCCAUGCUGCUCGUCUACCUGCACCAGGCCGGCUGGUUCCCGUUCAGAGCCGAGCUGCAGAACCCGGUACCUGCUGAAGAUCCACAGGAUGAAGCUGAGAGAAACAACGACAUCCAGGAAAUGGAGAGGAUUAUGGAUGAAGGGAUGGAGGAGGAGGAUGAUGCUGAGAGUGGGGAGGAAGGUUCUGAGGAUGCAGCUCCACCCAGGCCAGGUUUUCUGGCGUCCACCUGGUCCUUCAUCAGUACCUUCUUCACCUCUUUAGUGCCGGAGGGUCCGCCUCGCGCCGCCAACUGAACCCCAACCAACAGAGACUAAAACCAACAGAGUAAAGCUGGAUUCCUGAUCGUAACUCCAGCCCUGAGUUAACCGAGUUCAUCCGGACUGUUCCCAGACUAGCAGGAUGACUAUGCUCUAGUUCUGAGCUCUUGUGCUCUCCUGCUGAUUAGUGCCGUUUCGAUCGGGCCAGGGAAAACGACGGGGGAACUGCUGACUGAUUUGUCUUCCUGUUCGACUGAGAGUCGAUUCUGUUUCUGAACGAUGAAAAAGAUCUGAAUGUUACUGCUUUCAUGUGUAAAUAAAGAGGAGUUACUGUCUA